UGGUCCGUCGUGCAGAUUCGGGCGAUUUUGUAGUAGUUGCGACGAAGAGAAAUCCGCCCCAGGCUGAGAGCAGUACAAUUGGGGCCAAAACGAGGCGGAUUCGUAUUGACGCUGAGAACUCUCUCGGUUCGUCUCAUGUUAUCUCUGUCUCAUCAUAGCUCGAUUGUCUUGGGUUUCUUGUUGAUCUGGAGCCUGACAGUCUGCCAGUGUUGUUGAUGUUGCGAUGCCCCCCCCCCCCGAUGAAUGAACCGAACGACGAUCGCACCGCCACAAUCCCUUGUAUGAGAGACAAUGGCGUUAAAUAUAGACAGACAUUAGUCAUUCACAGCGAGUCUUGGGAAGUUUUGAACAUAGUGAAGGCGUGUAUUACUCCAAGGCAUCGAAUUGCCUAAUCGGGCCUGUAUGGCUUCAUCUUUCUCCGAAGCGGCAGCCGGCAUUCUCACCACAACCACCACAACCACCACAACCACCACCACGGUCAUGAACCAGAACCACAAGACCGGAGUUCAAGGAAGAUCUCCGCUUACUUCUCCUAUUUCGAGUACAUAUGUACUCCCAUCUGGGACCCGUGAUCCCUGCGCCUGCGCCUGGCUGCAGGUGAAUUGGCAAUUCUCAUUCGGAUCCUGCCCAGUGCUGGUUCAGCUCGGCUAGUGGCGAUGUACUCUGACGGUCAUGAUCCGAGAUAGAUUCCUAUGAUCAGCCCAUCUCUUGGUCUAUUGUUACAAUGAAUUGCUUUCAGGAACUGUUCGGACAUUGGGCAAAUUCCAAGAAAUGCACGACCAACGCAUCAAGAAAGGACCGCCACGGGCAAAAAGAGCGAGAAACCGCGAAUGAGAGGGACAGGAAGAAUGGAAUAAAGAAAUAAAUGCAAAUUAUUUGCUUGAUUUGCCAAUGUUUGCCGUCAGCGCUGUGGCUGGUCUUUUUUUUUUUUUUUUUUU